UUCAUCUACCCCUCCACUGAGAGAUAGAGUAAAAGAGAGAGAGUCCAAUUCUGAGUAAACUCGGAGAGAAAGCAAGAUGGGAGACACUCUGGCUGAAUUGAGGGCUUUAAUGGCGUCUCACUCCCCGCCUCUCGAUGCCUUAGUUGUACCUUCCGAAGAUUAUCACCAGAGUGAGUAUGUAUCUGCACGCGACAAGAGGCGUCAAUUCGUUUCUGGAUUCACUGGAAGCGCUGGUUUGGCACUCAUAACAACAAAUGAAGCACGGCUGUGGACGGACGGGCGUUACUUUUUGCAGGCUACACAAGAACUUAGUGAUCAGUGGAUACUAAUGCGAAUGGGAGAAGAUCCCGCUGUAGAUAUCUGGAUCGCAGAUAAUCUGUCAGAAGAUGCUGCUGUUGGUAUUGAUCCUUGGUGCAUAUCUAUAGACACUGCACAGAAAUGGGAGAAUGCUUUUGUAAGGAAAGGACAGAAGUUGGUUCAGACUUCUACAAAUUUGGUAGAUGAAGUUUGGAAAAAUCGGGCACCUGUAGAAACAAAUCCUGUAAUUGUACAUCCAAUGGAAUUUUCUGGUCGUUCUGUAGCAGAUAAGUUGAAGGAUUUAAGAGAAAAGCUUAUACAAGAGAAAGCUCGUGGCAUAAUUAUUACAGCACUGGAUGAGGUUGCUUGGCUGUAUAAUAUUCGUGGGAGUGAUGUCUCCUAUUGCCCAGUUGUCCAUGCAUAUGCUAUAGUAACAUCUAGCUCAGCUUUCUUUUAUGUGGACAAGAGAAAGGUGUCAUCAGAGGUAAACCUUUACUUUGAGGAAAAUGGGAUUGAAGUCCGAGAGUAUAGUGCGGUCAGCUCAGAUGUCACCUUGCUUGCAUCUAAUAAGCUGAAUUCUAAGAAGGCUGAGACAACAGGAAAUGGCACAACUGAAGCAGAAGAAAAUAAUUAUGACCUCAUAUGGGCUGACCCUGGUUCAUGCUGCUAUGCUUUGUAUAUAAAACUGAACUCUGAUAAAGUCCUCCUGCAGCAGUCACCUUUGGCCCUUGCAAAGGCUCUAAAGAACCCAGUGGAGUUGGAAGGUUUGAAGAAAGCACACAUUCGGGAUGGUGCUGCAGUGGUGCAAUAUCUUGUCUGGUUGGAUAAGCAGAUGCAGGAGAUAUAUGGGGCUUCUGGUUACUUCUUGGAGGGAGAGGAAGUGACUAAGAAAAAACAAUUGCAAACACUUAAACUAACAGAGGUGACUGCAAGCGAUAAGCUGGAGAGUUUUCGUGCAGCAAAAGAGCAUUUUAGGGGCUUGAGUUUUCCUACUAUUUCGUCAGUUGGUCCAAAUGCGGCAAUCAUCCAUUAUGCGCCACAAGCAGAAGCUUGUGCUGAGCUUAAUCCAGACAGCAUAUAUCUUUUUGACUCAGGAGCGCAGUAUUUAGAUGGAACAACUGAUAUAACAAGGACAGUUCAUUUUGGAAAACCAUCAGAACAUGAGAAAGCAUGCUAUACUGCAGUCCUCAAGGGUCAUAUUGCCCUUGGGAAUGCUCGAUUUCCUAAUGGAACCAAUGGUAAUGCCCUAGACAUUCUUGCUCGAGUUCCUUUAUGGAAAAAUGGCCUUGAUUAUCGGCAUGGUACAGGCCAUGGAAUUGGGUCUUACCUUAAUGUUCAUGAAGGACCCCAUUUAAUUAGUUUCAGGCCACAUGCUCGAAAUGUACCACUACAAUCUUCAAUGACUGUAACAGACGAACCUGGUUACUAUGAGGACGGGAGUUUUGGUAUAAGGUUGGAGAAUGUCCUUAUAAUCAAGGAAGCUGAUACAAAAUUUAAUUUCGGUGACAAAGGUUACUUAUCAUUUGAGCAUAUAACAUGGGCUCCAUAUCAGACAAAGUUGAUCGAUUUGAGCCUUUUAACACCUGAAGAAUUGGGUUGGCUUAACGCUUACCAUACCAAGUGUAGGGAUAUUUGUUUCAAUAUCCUAAAUGCUUGGCUCCAUAUCAGACAAAGUUGAUCGAUUUGAGCCUUUUAACACCUGAAGAAUUGGGUUGGCUUAACGCUUACCAUACCAAGUGUAGGGAUAUUCUGGCACCAUAUCUGGAUGGAUCUGAGAAGGCAUGGCUAAAGAAAGCCACUGAACCUGUAAGCGCGUGACUUGUUCCCUGCAUUUGAGUCUUGAAGGAGAAGAUAAAGAAGUUGAUGGGCUUGUUUAUUGUGCACGACGCACGUAUAUAUUGGCUGCUUGUUAUUUACUUCCUCUUGGAUUAACGUAUUAUGGUGCUUUUUUCUGGAUUUUAGGAUUUUUAAUUUGCUUGAAGCUGUCUUCUUAUUGGAUUGGUGUUUCGUAUAGGAUUUUUAACAUUGGCA